AUGUGCAAAUGGACAGCCACCAUCGCUGUCACUUCCGUUGGCUCGGACCAUCUCGGGCUGUCUCUUCAGCCAUGCGUUCGUUUGGCCUUCCUGUUCUUGCUCUUUUUGGCCAGCCUGGUUUUUGCUGGAUGUCCCUCCAGUCUGGGUCAUGACCCGCUGCAUGUGCUGGCACGGAGCACCAACUGCUCGUGGACUCUUGAGCGACAUACGCGCAGCUACAACCACCUGGAGGGUGACGUGCGUCUGCGGCGCCUUUACUCUGCAAACAAGUUCUUCCUCUGCAUUGACAAGACAGGCAAGGUGGAUGGUACUCGACGCAAAAACUAUCCUGACAGUCUGAUGGAAAUCCGAUCUGUUAGCGUGGGAGUUGUUGCCAUCAAAUCUGUCAGCACUGGCCUGUACUUAGCCAUGUCCAAAAAAGGCACGCUUUUUGGAUCGGAAAGAUAUAACCCAAGCUGCAAAUUCAAGGAGCGUAUUGAGGAAAAUGGCUACAACACGUAUGCCUCCCUUCGCUGGAAGCAUGGUGGAAGACAAAUGUUUGUAUCACUGAAUGGCAGAGGAAAGCCACGGAGAGGCCAUAAAGCUCGGCGGAGACAUCCCUCCACUCACUUCCUCCCAAUGCUUCCCACAUAA